AUGUCUAAUUCAACAGGAGAUGAACAAUUACAAAAAGAAUUUCCUCCAUUAAAAAAUAAUUUAAUAUUAAGAGCAUGUCGUGGUGAAAAAAUUGAACGUGUACCAAUAUGGAUAAUGCGUCAAGCAGGUCGUUAUUUACCUGAAUAUUUAUCUAUUCGAAGUCAACAUUCAUUUUUUGAUGUUUGUCGAACACCAUCAAUAUGUUGUGAAGUGACACUUCAACCAUUACGACGUUUUGAUCUUGAUGCUGCAAUUAUAUUUAGUGAUAUUCUUGUUGUACCACAAGCACUUGGUAUGCAAGUUGAUAUGAUUGCUAAAGAAGGACCACGUUUUGCUCAUCCGCUUAAUGUACCAGCUGAUAUAAAAACAUCUAUUGAUCGAAAUAAAAAAGCAAGUAUUGAAUUGAAAUAUGUUUAUGAUGCCAUUACUUUAACAAGACAUACACUUGAUGGUCGAUGUCCAUUAAUUGGAUUUAGUGGUGCACCAUGGACAUUGAUGUCUUAUAUGAUUGAAGGAAAAGGUAGUGAAACUCAUGCAAAAGCAAAAAAAUGGUUAUAUACAUAUGUUGAAGACUCUCAUGAUCUUCUACAAUUUUUAACACAUUUUAUUAUUGAUUAUCUUGUCGAACAAGUUUGUGCUGGUGCUCAACUUCUUCAAUUAUUUGAAUCACAUUGUGUUCGUGAUUUAUUAUCACGUCGUCAAAUUCCUCAUGUACCACUUAUUAUAUUUGCUAAAGAUGCUCAUUAUGCUUUAGAUGAAUUAUGUUCAUCAUCAUUUGAUGUUGUUGGUCUUGAUUGGACAAUAACACGAAAACAAAUUCGAACAUUACGAGAAAAAUAUCCAAAUAUUACUUUACAAGGAAAUCUUGAUCCUUGUGCACUUUAUGCAUCACAAAAUGAUUUAGAAAAAAUGAUUAAACAAAUGAUUGAAAUAUUUGGAACAAAAAAUUAUAUUGCUAAUUUAGGUCAUGGAAUAUAUCCAGAUGCUAAUAUUGAUAAUGUUAAAUAUUUCGUUGAUACAAUUCAUCGAAUUUCAAAAGAUAUUAUCAAAAAUGAAACAAUACCAAAGAUAAUCAAUUCAAAUAAAUAA